CAGACUAUCAGCGGUAGCGGAGCGGGCAGAACAACACACGUUAGAACUGAAAUCUUAGAGUUUGAGCCAUUUAGCUGAUGACCAGCUAUUGAACCUGUGUAAUGGGUUAAUUAACUAGUUCUGUGUAAAUGUACGUCGUCAUUGAUAAUCUCUGCGUUAUUUAAUGAAUCACUAACUGAGAUCAAAAUGCUGUUGUAACGGAGUUAGCCGUGUUAGCUUAGCGGGCUAACAUGUCAUUGGAAUCAGCGCUAACGUUAGCUGGUGAUUAAGCUUUGAUUUUCUAGCUAACAGGAAAGAGCUGCACCGGAAACAAGCAUGAACGGCCCCCCCACCAAGCGCCUCCGAGGCCUGAACCAGGAUGUCGUGAUGGCGAUGCCCUUUGAUGACCCAUUUGGAGAUGACGAUGACUUCACGCAGGAUGACUUGGAUGAGAUCGACAUUAUCGCCUCUCAAGCCGUCACUUCAACUGCGAUACCUGGACACGGGCCUAAACCAGCGGGCAGACAGAUGGAGCCGGCUCGUGGGCCUUCUUGGUCAGGGUCUGCGGGACCGAGUAAACCUGUGAACAGAGCCACGAGCGAUCACAGCAGAGAGACGUUUGGAUUCAACAGCCACAGUAACAGCAGAGGGAACGCUGGGACACAAAACAGAGAACCUCUCAGCAGCAGGCUGCAGCAGCAGUUUGGCUCAGACAGAGAAGACUCGUACAGAACGCUGGAGGCUCAGCAUGCAGAGCUGAAGAGAAAGCUCAAGGAGGUGGAGGAGGAGAUUGUGCUGAAGAACGGCGAGAUCCGGGUCCUCAGGGACUCUCUGAAAGGAGCUCAGCAGGAGAAGGAGGCCCAGAGGCAGAACCAGAUGUUGCUGGAGACUCAGAAACAGAGAGAGCACAGCGAGAGGGAGAAAGAGCUCAACAGGAAGGUCCAGUCUUUGCAGACGGAGCUGCAGUUUAAAGAAGCAGAGAUCAAUGAGAUUAAGACCAAACUCAGCACAGACAAAAACAAGACCGCUUCUCCUCUGCCUAGAAACAGUCCUAAAGUGUUGGCCCAGUUGCAUCAUGGGAGCAGCAGCAACUCAUCCUCUCCAGCAAACGGUUUCAUCACCAAGGAGAUGUUUGGAGCCAGCGUUCCUGCCAGAACAACGCCAGUGAAGACACGGAGGGAAGACAGGGCAUCAAGUAGCAGAGAAAGAAUGGAAGUAACUCGCCCUGACCCCUUCCUGUCUGUCAGACCUGCACACCUUCAACACAAAGGUGGCGUCCUGCUGGGAUUAUUACUGCAGCAGCCUUUGUCUCCCAGCAGCCUCGGCCUCUCCCACCUGCUGUCUAUGAGUCUCAGUGACAUCAAAAUGACAUCAAGCAGGCGGUCUGGAGGGUUUACACUCGACUCUGAUACUGCAGCCAGCGCAAGCGCAGGUGGAUCUCCCAGGGCUGCCCAGAGUCCAGUCCAGAGUCUGGCUGUAACUGGACUCAACAUGCUGAGUCAGAGCCGAGCAGAAACUGCAGCCAGCAGCAGAAAUAAAAGGUCGUGUCCUGGAGCCGUCCUCCUCCUCCCUCUGGUGGACCUCCACUUGUCUCGUCUCUGUCAGGCUUUCGACUCACUCCGCUCCUCCUCCACUGCCAGCAGUAGUUCAAACUCCACUGCUGCCAGCUCAUUCCCAGCAGGCCGUGCUGCUCCUGCGGCUGGACCAGGGAGGCUGGAGGAGACUGGUUGUACUGGUUUCAGUGUGGAGGACACUGGUUUGGCUGCUCUGAGGCUUCUCUAUCUGCUGCUGGCACACAGUGACGAGGCGGUGGAGGCCGUGCUGUCAAAGAAGAAUCAGAGCAGAGCUGUGGACAAAAAGGCUGAGCACUCAACUACAGAUGUAGGUUCUUGCUCCCAGAAUGCUUUGCUGCAGUCAGUGUUGCAUCUAUGUGAAGCAGGCACAGGUGGCAGUGAGAGCAGUUCACAAAGGAAGCAGCUCGUCCUGAGCACCUUGAAGACUCUGUGCGUCCUAAUUCAGAGGGCGAAAGACACACAGGCCAACGGGUUGCAAUGUGUGUUGCCGGUGGUGUGUGCAUGUGUUUCAGCAGACAGCAGGCUUCAGACGGUCUCUGAGUGUGUAUCAGUCCUCACGUCCAUGUCUGACCACCGGUCUCUGUCUCAGCAGCUCUGCUCUCUGCACGAUCCCUGCGUGUUCCUGAAGCUGUUCCAGUUCAUUAGGACGAGGCCGGACAACCAGGCGACCCAAACCGACUGGAUUCAGCUGGACCUGCAGGUGGUUCGUUUGCUGAGCAGAUUGAUGACUCAGAGGGCAGAGAGCUGGAGCAGCAGUCAGCACAGCUCCUGUCCAUGUUACACUGAGCUGGUUCAGACAGUGGUGAUUGUUUUCCAUCGGCAGUGGUUGGAUCUUCGGGGUGCUCAGGAGCUGACGGACUCAACAGGUGGGUUUGACCCCGCCGUGGUGGCGCAGCCCGGCAGUGUCUUUGCUCAGAGAGUGCCUGCUGCUGCUUCACUGGCUGCUGCUGCAUCACGGCAGCUUCUCAGAGAGCUGCAGGCCGCUGCUGCACAUGUACGACCAGGUGAUCCCCGCUGUGAGAGACACGCUGAAGAAAAUCCCCAAACUGAGCGAGAGUGAAGAGCUAGCUCUAGAGGAGAUCUGUCGCUCAGACGGUGAUGAAACCGACGACAUGGACACUGAUACUGGCUCCUGAUUGGCUACUGCUGAUGCUGUUAAUGACCAAUCAUCAGAUGUUAACACCAGAUUACUGAAUAAUACUUGAAAACUUCAGACUGAGACAAAGACAUGUUUCUGUCAAACUGAUGUCUAUGUGAAGAGAAACUUACUGUAGAGUGACUGAAGUCACAGGAUCAGAGGAUUUAUUCUGAUGGAAUUUCUCAUUAAAACAUGAAGGUGAGGAAGUCCAUGUCCUAUACAUCAUUUUCUUCCUCCACCUGCACUCUCUCUCUUUAGUUGUCUGUAAACUUUCACUCUGAUUCACAAUUUUUAUUGUAAUAAAAGUAAAAAUAAUG